AUGGUUCCCAAAACUCAGAAAGCUCUCCUCGUCACUGAGGUCGGCAAGCCUCUAGUCCUAGUCACAGACCGCCCUGUUCCUCAACCCGGCCCAGAUCAGGUCCUCCUCCGCGUCACUGUUGCUGGACCAAACCCACACGACGAAAAGGCCCGUGAUUGGGGCCUGUUCAUCGCUGAGAAGCUACCAGCUAUCCUCACCAACGACGUGGUGGGCGAAGUCGUCGCCCUCGGCGCGAAUGUGACAAAGUACGCCGUCGGUGACCACAUUGUCGCCCAAGCUGGAUUUGACAAUGUUUAUGCCCAGAGUGGUUUCCAGGAGUACGCCGUCGCCGACGUUGAAGCCUCAGCCAAGAUCCCUCAGGGGUUCACCGACGACGACGCGGCUACUCUGCCCACCAAUGUGAUUGCCCCGCUGGUUGCACUCUUCGACGCUUCAGCGCUGGCCAUUCCCGCUCCCUGGACCGAUGCCGCGUCCAGCUUCGACUACAAAGGCACCACGCUACUGAUUAUGGGCGGAGGCAGCAACUGCGGGAGGUUCGGCGUCCAGCUCGCUGCGCUGGCUGGCAUCGGACGUAUCGUCGUGGUCGGGGGUGACGAGGCUGAGUUGAGAUCCUACGGCGCGACAGACGUAGUUGACCGACACGCCUCGCCAGAGGACCUCACCAAGCGAAUCCGAUCUCUCGUUGGUGAUGACUUGCUGUACGCCUACGACGCCAUCAACCCUCCCAAAACGCAAACCAUCGCAAUCAACGCGCUCUCCUCGACCAAAAAAGGCAAAGUUGCCCGCUUGCUCCCCACUGGAGCGGUAGACGAGUCUCAGAUCCACCCAAAGAAGGAAGGUUAUGAACUGCUCAACGUCUUUGGCAGCUCACACGCAAAACCCGACGUGUGCAAGCCUUUCUGGGAACGUGUGCCGCAGUAUUUGAUCGAGGGAAAGCUGAAGCCGAGUCAGUACGAGGUGGUCAAGGGGCUGGAUGUAGACAAGGUGAAUGAUGUCCUGGAUCGCUAUCGGGACGGGAAGAAGGUGAUCAAGACGCAUUUUCACGUUGCAGAAUGA